AUGUCUCAUCAGGAAUUGACUGAAGGAAUAUCAUCAUUUGCUAUAUUUAGAAGCCGAAAAGGUACAGGAAGAAAUGUAACAGCAAGAAGGAAACGUGUUUCUGAAACAUCGGAUUCAUCAAAUGAUGAUGAAGAUAAGAAUGAAGUGGUGAAAUAUGUUGAUGAACGAAAAAAAAGGAAAAAUCCGAUGAUACAAUCUACAAUCAACCGGAAGGUUCAGAAAACGUCGGAAUCUACAUCAGAGAGCUCAUCAUCAUCCGGUGGAGAUGAAUUAGUUCAGGAUGAUCCAUUGCGUGUCACAUUUGCAUCGAGUGGAACAGCAGAACGUGCUGGACCAUCUGAUAUGGGUGCAACGGCAAUCAGUGAGAUUGAUACUGAUGUAAAGAGCGAUGCUCAGGCACAAUUUGAACGGGUACAGCAAAUUUUGAAAGAGGAACGAGAUGAUAAGAUUUAUCGUGGUGCAGCUCUUUAUGGAGCAAAGGAGAAGAAAGAUACGGUUUGGGGAAAUGCUUCAUCAGGUCUUAAUCGAUUUGGACCUAUAAGAGCACCGAAUUUUUUAAGACAGUCAGUGAGAUGGGAUUUUGCACCAGAUAUUUGCAAGGAUUAUAAAGAGACGGGAUUUUGCACUUUUGGAGAUUCAUGCAAAUUCCUCCACGAUCGUACUGAUUACAAGCAUGGUUGGGAAAUUGAACGUGAUUAUGCUGCUGGUAAGAUGAAAGAGGAUGACGAAGAUAAGUAUCGGAUAAGUAGUGAGGAUGAAAAAGAGGAAGAGAGUGAACUGCCAUUUAAAUGUUUCAUCUGUCGACAAUCAUUUGUAAAUCCAGUCGUCACAAAGUGCAAGCAUUAUUUUUGUGAAAAAUGUGCUUUGGGGCAUUAUCAAAAGACGCCGAAAUGCUACAUAUGCGAGCAGAAUACGAUGGGAAUUUUUAAAGUUGCCAAAGAUUUAACUGCUAAACUGAAAGAGGAUGAUGAAAAUCAAAAAGAUGAUGAUUUAAAAAAUGAUGAUGAGGGAGAAAAGAACGAAGAACAAGAGAUAACGGAACAAACAAUUAAUGAUCAAAUGAACUAA